AUGUCAAUAAUAACAUCGGGAUUUUGUAUAAUCGUUAAAAUUCAACUAAUUUCGUGCGCUCCAAAAAUUGGACCGAUUCUAUUUGAUCCUUUGAUUUACGAAAGCAAAAAUUUUAUAAAAUCCGAUUCGCAAACAUUGAAAGAUUCCGAUGAGUUGUUAAACCCAGCUCUACGAACAAAGUCAUUAGAAGAAACAUCGAAACCCUGUCAAGGUUAUGAUUACGAUAUAACCCAGUGCAAAUACGUAAAUGAUAGAAAAAUUUGCGGUUACAACAAGAACAAAGGGGAAUUAAAAACCGAAGAAAUCACAGAUACCGGUAAUGGCUGUCGAAUACGAAAUGGAAGGCUUGAAUGCGGAUACCUAAAUGCACCAUUUAACGGUAUACGACGUCCACCGCCUGAUAGUGAAACUGACGCUGGCUCAAAAGAAAAAGUAACAUUAUCCGAUAAAACACUGCGAAAUUCUGAAAACAAGAGCAUUACAAUCGCUGGUAAUGAAAGUACUAUAACUGAUGACAUUGACAUUGAAAUCAAAGUAAAAACCCACGCGUCAACCAUAAAAGGAAAUACAAGUGACAUUACUAGGACUACAAACAUUGUUAAAAGAACUAAAUAUUGUGUUGAAAAAAAUGACAGAAUAUUUUGCUAUACAGUAAUUAAAUGA